AAUGUUUGAAUACUGCUUAGAACACUAAAUUUAUUUAAAUAGUGCUUCAACUACAACAACCGAGUGAUUGAAACGCCCCCAUAAAGAGCAACAUGGGCGAGUUUUUCAAGAGUGCCCUCGGGUACUUUAACACAACAUCGCCCAUUGUUGACCUGGCAGGUAACGGUGCCACAACAACAAGCAGUGCCUCUCUCGAUAAUGAUUACGUUGGGCAAUUUAUGGAAAUCGCUGGCCACAAGCUGCGCACAAAAUGUGUCAUAGCCGAAGGCGGCUAUGCAUUUGUGUAUGUAGCACAAGAUGUGCAAUCGGGCACAGUGUACGCCCUCAAGCGUUUGAUCGGCGCCGAUCAGCAGGCCUGCAAUGCCAUAAUCAAUGAGAUUAAUAUACACAAACAACUGUCGGGUCACAGCAACAUUGUUACCUUCAUUGGCUCCAGUUACAUACCGCAGGUGUCGCAGAUGGGCGCUCAGUAUCUGCUGCUCACAGAGCUCUGCAAGGGAGGCUCUCUGAUGGAUUGUUUCAAGACGGCCAAUGCACCGCUCGAUCCGCCUGUUGUGCUACGCCUGUUCUAUCAAAUGGCACGUGCCGUAGCAUAUAUGCACACACAAGAGCCCCCCAUAGCUCAUCGUGACAUCAAGAUUGAAAACUUUCUUCUCGGCAACGACAAGCAAAUUAAACUCUGCGAUUUCGGGUCAGCCACAACGGAGCUCUCUUCGCCUUCUUUUGAAUGGAGUGCACACCAACGCAACAUGCUCGAAGAUCAACUGAACACAGUGACCACGCCUAUGUAUCGUGCACCAGAAAUGCUCGACACGUGGUCAAAUUAUCAGAUUGGGCCAAAAGUGGACAUAUGGGCACUGGGUUGCAUUCUGUACUUCCUGUGCUUUCAAAGGCAUCCCUUUGAAGAUGGUGGAAAGUUGCGCAUCAUUAAUGGCAACUACAUACUACCCACAGAACCUCGCUAUCACUGCUUCAGAGAUAUUAUCAAAGGCUGCUUUAAAGUCAAUCCCACUGAGCGUUUCGAUAUUUCGAUGGUGCUGGAACGUCUGGCGGCCAUAGCGGAGACUCACAACUGGUCGCUAAAGGGCCCGUUAGACCUUCAUGGAGUGCCAAUAGAAACGUCACCAGCAGACAGUCCAGCAAGAAGUGUUACCCCGCCACAGAUGUCCCGACCAGCUCCAGUUGGACAAUCGGAGUUUUACACCGACAGUCCAAAUGGUUCAGCUGCAGUGCCAGGUCCCCAUCUUCCAACCAGUGCCGCAAGCGGUGCCUCCAGCAACGGCAGUCUAUUAUCCUCUUUGCGCGGCGGAGCGGGCACUCUGUUCAAGAAUUUGAAGGAUACCUCGACCAAAGUCAUGCAAACUAUGCAGCAGACAAUUGCGCGCAACGAUCUGGAUAUCAGUUACAUCACGUCCCGUAUCCUGGUAAUGCCCUGCCCAUCGGAUGGUUUUGAGUCGACUUAUAAAACUAACAACAUUGAGGAUGUGCGGUUGUCGCUCGAGAGCCGCUUUGCUCCGCAGAAGAUUAGCAUUUACAAUUUUGGUCCACGCACAGUGCCGCGCUUAUCACCACCAGUACGAACCGUGGAGGCAGGCUCCGUCUAUGCCUGUUCGCAGGCUCAUGCACCUAAUCUGCAGGGUCUUUUUACGGUGGCAGCAGACAUGUACAAUUUCCUAAAUGCAGAUGCCAAGUCAAUUGUCAUUGUUCAAACUGGAGAUUCGGGCGGCUGUACUGCAGCUACCGUCAUCUGUGCUUUGCUCAUGUAUGCAAAUUUGUUGCACGAGCCCGAGGACGCUGUUCAAGUGUUUGCUGUCAAGCGACACACAAUCAAUUUGCGAGCUUCCGAGUUUCGCUAUCUGUACUAUUUCGGUGAUAUUUUGCGACCCACGCCGUUGUUACCGCACUACAAAAAUAUAAACCUAGUAUCGCUCAGCUGUCAGCCUGUGCCGAAAAUGACGAAAGCACGUGACGGUUGCCGUAUUUACAUGGAAGUCUACUGCAAUGAACGUCUGUUGUUAAGCACCCUGCAGGAAUAUGAGAAAAUGCGCCUCUAUCUGGCCGGUCCUGGGAAAAUAGUGCUGCCCAUUAAUUUGACAGUCUGUGGGGAUUUGACUGUAGUAUUGUAUCAUGCACGCAACGCGCUUAAAGGCAUGGUGCGCCCCCAGGGUCUAAAAAUUUGUCAGUUCCAAAUUAAUACAGGAUUUGUGCCCGAACCCGAAACGCUCAUAAAUUUCAGUGCGCAAGAUCUUGACGAUUUGCCCGAUCCGGAGCAAGUUCCGUCCAAUUUCACAGUUUCGCUGUCGCUUAGUGUGCAGGAAACAGAAAGCCUCCCUAGCCGUCAACCGCCAUGGAUUCCAGCAAAGGGCGUACGUGAUGCGAAAAAUUUGUUCAGCUCGGACCUUGAGCAUGCGGAAAUGUUGGACAAUUUCGUGGCCAAACCCACUGCGCGUUUCAACAGCACGGAGCAGAGCUCGCCGACGUUAACUAAAAUACCAGAGAGGUCCAGUUCACCGCUCGUGCUGCCCGAUGUGACGGAAAUAGGGCAUGAUGAAGUGCCCGCUUCAAUUCCAGAACCGUCGCCUCCCAUCGAUCUGCUCAAUCUAAAUCAACAGCCCAGUGCUACCACUGCCGCUGCCGCCGAUCCCCUAGCAACUGCCAUGCCCAGCUCGGAUGCCAGCUUUGAUUUGUUGGGUGCGUUUGGCGAUGACGACUCCACGGGUAUUGGCUCAGCCCCUAUACCUGAUAUACUGCCACCACCGCAAACUUCUACAGCGCACCCAAAAAUUAACGAUGAUCUUUUUGACAUAUUUGGCUCACUUGACAACGGCGCUGGAAUACCAACAAGUGCUCCAAACUUGAAGCCGACUAACACAGGCCUGCCGCCUUUUGUAGGCAGUGUUCCCACAUUGGUUACGCCACAAAACGGCCCCAGAAAAGAUCCGUCUCCCACGCAACAACAGAACAUGCCACAACAGCCUGCAGAUCCUUUUGCUGAUCUCGCCAACUUGGCUUCGGGUCUUAACAUUAAUUUCAAUCCAAACACACUGGGUGGAAAGUCGGCAGGCUGCACUCCUGUUGGCCAUAGUCCACAGCCCACACAAUUUUCCAGUCCCACGCACAACGCACCCAACCUACAUAGGGCAGCACCAGCACCGACCCCAAUACCAACGCAGCCAUCACAGCAGCCACAGCAGAGCACGUUUGUAAAAACGCCGCCACAAUCUCAGCCGCAGCCUCAAUCAACAAGUGCCCAGCAACGACCGGACUAUAGUCGUGCACAUUUCGAUGCACCCAAGCCGGGACAACAAGCAGCGGGAGGAGGAUUUAAGAGCUCAGAUGUUUUCGCCGACAUCUUGGGGCAACAGGGCUACUCUUUUGGUAGUAAAAUGAACCAGGGGCCACGUUCAAUCAACGAAAUGCGCAAAGAGGAGCUCGUCAAAGACAUGGACCCAAAGAAAGUGCGGAUUAUGGAAUGGACUGAUGGCAAGAAGAACAAUAUACGAGCACUGCUCUGCUCUAUGCACACGGUGCUAUGGGAGAAUGCCAAGUGGAAUCGAUGUGAAAUGUCCACUAUGGUGACGCCGGCUGAGGUCAAGAAGGCCUAUCGUCGCGCCUGCCUAGCUGUGCACCCAGACAAGCACAAUGGCACGGAACACGAAGAAAUUGCCAAACUAAUCUUUAUGGAGCUAAACAAUGCAUGGACCGACUUUGAGAACGAUGCCACGCAGCAAAAUAUGUUCAAUGCGUAAAACGCAACUUACGCUGAUACCUAUAGUC